AUGGCUGCUCCGCCAAAUGCAUUUUCGAGCGAGUUACAGAAGUGGAUCUACAACCGUUCUGUAGGCUCUAUAUUUUUCAUCACUAUCGGACCAAAAGCAUCUGCAAUUAAUGCACUUAUAGCUCUUAUGAACAAAGUAGAGACUGUUCCUGCAGAAAAAAGAGCUGCGGAGUUAGACCUCCGAGGACAAAAUUGCACAGGCGUUGUAGUGGAGGAGGCAGAUGAUCAUCUUAAGAUCUUAACAUGUGCCCAUCUUAUGCAACACGUAUUCAAGAGUUCAGAACCCCUUUCGCUUAAAGAUGCUUGUUCGCUUUUUUCUGUAAGAGUGUUGUGUGAUCAUUACGAGCAGAGCUUCCGCGGGCAAAGCAGGAUAAGAGCAAGAGUUUAUGCACCAGCUUCCAUGAUUGGCAUCGAUUGCGAGAAAGACCUGCUUCUUCUUCAUGUAUACCGACCAGAUAUUAAGAAUUUGGGCAGAAGAUGUACCAACAGUCAUCAGGGCUUGAUUCUUAGUCCAACUCCUCCAGAAGCUUUCGACAAGUGCGCAAUGAUUUCAUGGCCUCCUGGCCUACCUCGAACAGCUGUUGAAGGAUCAAUUUCUCACCCUUCAAGAACAGUCCGUGACUUGGAACUUGUGAACACUGUUGGAUACACAAUGAACCUCACUCAAGUAGUAAUAGCAAGUGAAAAAGGAAGCUCAGGUGCUCCGUUGUUAGAUGGUAAUGGGAGAAUAAUUGGAUUGUUGCAUGGCGGUUUUGGAGGGCAGUUUACAUACUUUAUCUCCCAUGCUGAUAUCGGAUGUUUUCUGAGGCGACAUCACGUGGUACAUGGGAUAUGA